CUCUGUCCUCUUCAGCUUAGCGCAAUUCCUCUCAUAAGGACCCCUGCCAUCGUUGAAUCUCAGUACUUGCCCGUGACAGGCCUAAUUAUGCAGGGACUCGGGAAGGCAGAGCGCGGUGACCAAGGCCGAGACAUGGACCUGACGUCGCAGAGAUCCACCAUGCCUGUCGGCGGUCCCCUGCAGGUUGGUCCUUCGACAAACCUGAAUAUGAACCUUUACGCUACCAAGAAGACGGCAGCAGAGGGGAUGCUGGACAUUGCUCUCUUCCUGGCCAACAUAACACACAUGAAGACAGUCAUUGAGCAGGGCGCGGGAUACAGAUACUACGCAGCCGUGCUGACGCUCAUCUCCUUCUCACUGAUUCUUCAGAUCGUCGCCGGGAUCCUAAUCAUUAUCAUUGCACGCAGGGACCUGAACGUGGUGUCCAAUCAGAGACGGCUGGACUACCUGAACAACGUGGCGACGGGUGUCAUCGCCGUCACCGCCGUGAUCAACUUCUUCAUCAGUUUCUUCGGGUCUAAGAGGACGGGCUUCUUCCGCUGGCUGCUUGCUCGGCUUCAUUUCUGAAAAAGACACAUGAUGCAAAAAUUACAUUUAACAAUCAUAAUAACUUCACCAUAGACUUCAUAAUGAUAUUGACAGGACACGGGGCCGAUGAAUAGGGGGCCUGCAUUGUUGACAUGGCCGUCAAAGCUGACCGAGUGGAAUCACAGACAAAGAUCUUUUCUUCGUUAAAAAUUCUUGUGAAUAAAUGCUUAAAUCCCUGAAUAUUUUAUAGAAAUGGACAUAAAACAGUCUCGAUUUUUGGUUAAAAGCAACAAAAAAACGUGCAGUUAGCAUUCAUUUUACGUAAAUAUGUCUAAGUACGAUGCUAGUCUGUCAGUCAGUGUAGCGGCCGGCAUAUGUAAACAGAGCUUUUCUGGUCAAAAUUCUUGUAAAUAAAUGCUUAAAUCCCUGAAUGCUUUAUAGGUAUGGACGUAAAACAGUCUAGAUUUUUGGUUAAAAGCAAAAAAAAAAACAAAAAACGUGCAGUUAGCAUUUAUUUUACGUAAAUAUGUCAAAGUACAAUGCUAGUUUGUAAGUAAAUGUAGCUAGCGCCUUAUGUAAACAGAGCUUUUCCGGUCAAAAUUCUUGUGAAAAAAUGCUUAAAUCCCCGAAUUCUUUAUAGAUAUGGACGUAAAACAGCCUUGAUUCUUGUUUAAAAGCAAAAAAACGCACAGUUAGCAUUCAUUUGACGUAAACAUGUCAAAGUACAAUGCAAGUCUGUCAGUCAAUGUUGCGGCUGCCAUAUGUAAACAGAGCUUUUCUGGUCAAAAUUCUUGUGAAUAAAUACUUAAAUCCCUGAAUUCUUUAUAGAUAUGGGCGUAAAACAGUCUCGAUUCUCGGUUAAAAGAAAGAAACCGUGCCGUUAGUGUUAUUUGACAUAUAUAUGUCUGAGUACAAUGCGACUCUGUUAGCGAAUGAGGCUAGCGGCCGCCUGACGUAAACAGAGCUUUUCUGGCUAAAAUUAUUGUGAAUAAAUGCUUGAAUCCCUGAGUUCUUCAUAGAUAUGGACAUAAAACAGUCUCAAUUCUUGGUUAAAAGCAAAAAAAAAAAAAAAAGUGUAGUUAGCGUUUAUUUUACGUAAAUAUGUCCAAGUACAAUGCUAGUCUGUCAGUCAGUAUGGCGGCCGCCAUAUGUAAACAGAGCUUUUCCGGUGAAAAUUCUUGGAAAUAAAUGGCUUAAAUCCCUGAAUUCUUUAUAGAUAUGGACGUAAAACAGUCUUGAUUUUUGGUUAAAAGCAAAAAAAAAAAAAAAAAAAUAAGUGCAGUUAGCAAUUAUUUUACGUAAAUAUGUCGAAGUACAAUGCUAGUCUGUGACUCAACAAACAAAACGUACAUUACGUAAAUAUGUCCACGAAUGAUGCUAGUCUCUUAGACAAUGUGAGGGCACCCUUGCAACAAAGAACUUUUUACGUUGAAAAUUCUUGUGACAAAACAAAAUAUAUAAUAAUUACCUUGAAUCCUCGAACAAAUCACUCCUGAGACAAUCCUUACUGUUUCUAUGCGGUACAGCUUUCGUACUUUUUCAACAUAAAACCAGCGUUGGAUCGCUGCAUGUGUCGCUGUAACCUACUGCGAAUAAGAGAAGUGGAUUUUGGGAUGGCUCCCUACUUGAAGCCGUGGCGCAGUGAAGGUCGAAUCUGACCUGCCAAUAUCAUUAUGAAGUCUAUGACUUCAUACAUGAUGUGCUCAAGUGUAAUCAGGAUAUAACACAUGCUAAUCUUCAGCCAGAUCAUUUUAAUAGUGCAUUUUCACGAUAUAGCAGAGCUGCAGCUAUCAAUUAUUUUAAUAGUUGAUUAAUCUAUCAACUAGUUAGUUUGACUAAUCGGGUAAUCGAAUUAGGAACAUAUAAUGUGUUGCAAAAUAAAUACUGAGAGAUGUAAAACAAAGGCUUGCUAAAAUUGUAUUUUCAGAAGAGCACUGAAUGCGAAUAUAAAAUAAAAUACCUGAGUGUUUCUUCAAACUAUGCAGAAUUGCACUUCAUUUUAAAAUGAAUUAAAAUACCUGAGCUUAGCAUCAAACGGUAUAAAAAUAACUAAAUAAAGGAGGAUCUAAGUACAACAAGAGAAUAACUGGCUAAAUUACAUAGCAAAAGUCCGCUAGCUUAAAUGCUGCUGCAAAAUGCUAAAUUUAUUUUUAUUUUUUUUGUACAAUGCUUUUAAUAAAUCGUUCAAACACAUAUUUCCACAAAAAAAUGGCUAAAUAUAGCUAUAAACUAAAUUACAAAUGCAUUAAAAAACAUUAGCUCAAACAAAAACUUUCCUUAUGUUGGCCUUAACAGGGAGCAGCUGGAUUCAAAGUCAUGUCUUAUUUACUGUUGCCACUAGAGGGUAGUGUAUCAUAUCAAGCCAAGUCAAUAAAACCAAACGCAAACACUUUCAAAAUAAACCAUUACAACUAGGGCUGUCAAACGAUUAAAAUUUUUAAUCGCGUUAAUUACAGCUUAAAAACUAAUUAAUCGUAAUUAAUCGCAAUUCAAAACCUCUAUAAAAUAUGCCAUAUUUUUCUGUAAAUUAUUGUUGGAACGGAAAGAUAAGACAAAACGGAUAUAUACAUUCAACAUACGGUACAUAAGUACUGAAUUUGUUUAUUAUAACAAUAAAGCAACAAGACGUCAUUAACAUUAUUAACAUUCAAUUAAAGCGAUCCAUGGAAUGAAUAACUUGUAGUUCUUAAAAGAUAAAUGUUAGUACAAGUUAUAGAAAUUUUAUAUUAAAAUCCCUCUUAAUGUUUUCGUUUUAACAAAAUUUGUAAAAAUUUCAAUCAAAAAUAAACUAGUAGCUCGCCAUUGUUGAUGUCAAUAAUUACACAAUGCUCGUUCAUAGUGCUGAAACCCUCAGUCGCACCCAAGUCCCAGCAGAGGGCGACAAAACGCCCAAAAACACAAGUAACAAGUGCACAUUACACUGUGGUGUCAUUUUAACCUGUUUGAGCGGGGCAUAUGCGUUAAUUGCGUGAAAUAUUUUAACGUGAUUAAUUAGAAAAAUUAAUUAACGCCCGUUAACGCGAUAAUUUUGAUAGCCCUAAUUACAACGGCACUCUAACUAAACGAAUCCUCAAAGUAGCAAAAUUUGAUUCGAAGCUUUUUUCUAAUCGAAUUACUCGAGUUAAUCGGUUAAUCGUUGCAGCACUACUAUACAGUACUAAUUGUGAAUGUGUUCUAUUUGGUGCAUUUCGGCCUUUUGCAAAUGUGUUUUUUAAGCCUGAUUUAUUGGUAAAGGCGAUCAAUAAACUGAUAAAACAGA